AUGGGUCUCCGUAUCUACUGUGAGUAUCUUCUCGAUGAAUUUACCUCUGAACUUUCGGAAGACAACGCCAAGCAGACUGCAGAAAUCCUUAACCUGACAUCAAGAAUCCAGGAACUGGAGACACGGAAGAAUCUCACGCACCAGUUGGGUAACCUGACACAAGCCUUUACUGUCUCAGAAAGCAACGUGAAAGACCUGUCUGCAGAAGUCCAGGAGCUGAAAACACGAAUCCAGGAGCUGGAGACCGAGAAGAACAACUUGACACAGCAAAUACAAAACAUGGAGACAACCUCGAAUGAGCUCAACAUCAGUCAAGCCCAGUGGAGCAUCGAUUCCUACUGCUUAGGAAACACCGAUGAAAAGUGUCAACCUUGUCAGAAGGGCUGGGAUCUCACUCAGUCCAGCUGCUAUGCGAGCAAUUACCUUCCUUAUCCUGGUUGGAUAACCUGGGAAGAAGCUCAAGAAGACUGCAAAGGAAAGAAUUCAGAUUUGGCUGUUGCACAUAAUUUGGAGGAAAAGGAAGCAAUCAAUAUGUACAGCUUUGGAUUCAAUGGAUACUGGAUUGGUCUGAGAGUUGUAAAUAAGAAAUGGAAGUGGGUGGAUGGAAGUGAUCUGAUUGAUAGGUAA